UUAGGCGUGUUCUGGGCCUCAGGCCCGGCUCCACGGAUUCGGCUCCGCGCCGGGGGCGGGUCCGGGGGCGGGCCCGGGGCGUCCAGAUGCCCGCGACGGAAGGACCUAUGUCAACAGCCCCCGCUGAGGUCGACGGCCGGCAGGGAGAUAAGGGGCUGAGAGAGGCAAACGUUCCCGCCCGGAGCCAAGUUCCCCGCUGCUCUCGGGGGCCACCUCGUUUUCCUUCCCCCACUGGCCGCGACUCGGAGGGUUCCGUUCCGCGGCGGGGGCGCGGCCGGGGACUGGGCUGUGUGUCUGCUGCGGCAGGCGGGUCGUAUAGAGUUCGCGGCCGGCCCCGAGGCCGUCUCACGACAGCCUGAAGACAAAAAAGGCUCGGCGGGGGCAUCGUCGCCCCACGCCCGGAACCCAGUUCCCCACUUCUCUCGCGGGGCCGCGAGAGACCCGCGAGCGUCGGGAGCGCUACGGACCUGGUCAAGGCGGGGCAGCCGUAGCGCCAGCCCCUUUCUCCUCCUCCGCGCCUUUCAGCAGUAAGAAACUCUAGUUGGCUUGCUUUCCAAUCAUAGUUUGGUUCUGUCGUUUAAAAAAGUCCCUACCUCGUAACGCCGGGCUCCAUCUCGAGAACUGACCGAGGCUGUGAGUGCUUGGGAACCGGGCCCGCUCGGCGGCCGCAGCCCGGGCGUUCCACCUCCUUGUAGCAGGUCGGACGCCGAGGCCCCGGAGCAACGCGGAGAUGAGGAGCAGGAGCAAUUCCGGGGUCCGCUUAGACGGAUACGCGCGGCUGGUGCAGCAGACAAUCCUGUGUUACCAGAAUCCCGUCACGGGGCUGCUGUCAGCCAGUCACGAGCAGAAGGACGCCUGGGUGCGGGAUAACAUCUACAGCAUCCUGGCUGUGUGGGGCCUGGGCAUGGCCUACCGCAAGAAUGCUGACCGCGAUGAGGACAAAGCCAAGGCCUACGAGUUGGAGCAGAACGUGGUGAAACUGAUGCGGGGUCUUCUCCAGUGCAUGAUGAGACAGGUGAAUAAAGUGGAGAGGUUCAAGCACACUCAGAGUACCAAGGACAGCCUGCAUGCCAAGUACGACACCGCCACCUGCAGCACCGUCGUGGGCGACGACCAGUGGGGCCACCUCCAGGUGGAUGCCACCUCCCUCUUUCUCCUGUUUCUGGCCCAGAUGACUGCCUCCGGCUUACGUAUUAUUUUCACUCUUGACGAGGUGGCCUUCAUACAGAAUCUUGUUUUUUAUAUAGAAGCUGCAUAUAAAGUCGCUGAUUAUGGAAUGUGGGAACGUGGAGAUAAGACCAAUCAGGGCAUUCCAGAACUGAAUGCAAGCUCUGUAGGAAUGGCCAAGGCAGCCCUAGAGGCAAUUGACGAACUGGACCUUUUUGGAGCCCAUGGAGGUCGCAAGUCCGUGAUCCACGUUCUGCCCGAUGAGGUCGAACACUGCCAGUCUAUUCUGUUCUCCAUGCUGCCAAGAGCAUCGACAUCUAAAGAGAUUGAUGCUGGACUUCUUUCCAUUAUUUCUUUCCCGGCCUUUGCAGUGGAAGAUGUGAACCUUGUGAAUGUGACCAAAAAUGAAAUUAUUUCCAAGCUCCAGGGGCGUUAUGGAUGCUGUCGCUUCCUUCGAGAUGGUUAUAAAACCCCAAGAGAGGACCCAAACCGAUUGCAUUAUGACCCUGCUGAACUCAAGCUCUUUGAAAACAUUGAAUGUGAAUGGCCUGUGUUCUGGACUUAUUUCAUAAUAGAUGGGGUCUUCAACGGUGAUGCUGUUCAGGUCCAAGAAUACCGAGAGGCCCUGGAGGGAAUAUUAAUCAGAGGCAAGAACGGGAUCCACCUGAUGCCUGAACUCUACGCCGUGCCGCCUAACAAGGUAGAUGAAGAGUAUAAGAAUCCUCACACGGUGGACAGAGUUCCUCUGGGGAAGCUGCCCCAUCUGUGGGGUCAGUCCUUGUACAUCCUCAGCUCCCUGUUGGCAGAGGGAUUCCUUGCCACUGGUGAAAUUGAUCCCUUAAAUAGAAGAUUUUCCACUUCCGUCAAACCUGAUGUCGUAGUACAAGUGACUGUUCUGGCAGAAAACAAGCACAUUAAGGAGUUGCUGAGGAAACAUGGGGUGAGCUUGCAGAGUAUUGCCGACAUUCAUCCAAUCCGAGUCCAGCCAGGCCGGAUUCUUAGUCACAUAUAUGCCAAGCUUGGACGGAAUAAGAAUAUGAAAUUGAGUGGGCGACCAUAUCGGCACAUCGGAGUCCUUGGAACAUCUAAACUAUAUGUGAUUAGGAACCAAAUCUUUACUUUCACACCCCAGUUCACUGACCAGCAUCACUUCUACCUGGCCCUGGACAAUGAGAUGAUUGUGGAGAUGCUGAGGAUCGAGCUAGCCUACCUGUGCACCUGCUGGCGGAUGACGGGCAGACCCACGCUCACCUUCCCCAUCACCCAUACCAUGCUCACAAACGAUGGCUCAGAUAUUCAUUCUGCUGUUCUUUCUACAAUUCGAAAACUAGAGGAUGGAUAUUUUGGAGGAGCUAGAGUAAAAUUAGGGAGCCUUUCGGAAUUUCUCACCACCUCUUUCUACACGUAUCUGACCUUCCUGGAUCCAGACUGUGAUGAGAAGUUGUUUGACGAUACCAGUGAAGGGAGCUUCAGUCCUGAUAGUGAUUCAGAUUUGGGAGGAUAUUUCGAAGACAACUAUAAUCAAGAAAGCCAGGAUGAACUUGACCAGUAUAUCAACCACCUCCUGCAAAGCACAUCCUCGAAGUGCUAUCUGCCACCUCUUUGUAAGAAGACAGAGGACAGCCAUGUUUUCAGUGCCAUCUACUCCACUCAGGAUAUACUUUCCGUGAUGGCAAAAGCAAAGGGUUUGGAAAUUCCAUUUGUUCCCAUGGCUUUGCCAACUAAAGUCCUAAGUGCCCACCGUAAAUCGCUGAAUCUUGUUGAUUGUCCUCAGCCACUCCUAAAAAAGGCCCCCGAAGAUGACUUCCAGUUUCCCAGAGAUGACCACGGCAACAUAGACUGUGAGAAGCUGGCUGAGCAGCUGAAAGACUGUUCGAACCUACAGGACCAAGCGGACAUUCUGUACAUUCUGUAUGUAAUAAAGGGUCCCAGCUGGGACACAAAUCUCUCUGGACAGCACGGGGUCACUGUUCACAACCUCCUCAGUGAGCUCUAUGGAAAAGCCGGCUUGAACCAGGAGUGGGGUCUGAUCCGCUACAUCUCUGGCCUACUCAAGAAGAAAGUGGAAGUCCUGGCUGAGGCCUGCACGGACCUGCUGUCGCACCAGAAGCAGCUCACGGUGGGCCUGCCGCCAGAACCCCGGGAGAAGACCAUCUCCGCGCCUCUUCCCCCCGAGGAGCUCACAGAACUCAUCUACGAAGCCAGCGGGCAGGACAUCAGCAUCGCCGUGCUCACACAGGAGAUUGUGGUUUACCUGGCGAUGUAUGUCAGGGCACAGCCCAGCCUCUUCGUGGAGAUGCUCAGACUCCGGAUUGGACUCAUCAUUCAGGUGAUGGCCACGGAGCUGGCGCGGAGCCUGAACUGUUCAGGAGAAGAAGCUUCUGAAAGUUUGAUGAACCUCAGCCCUUUCGAUAUGAAAAAUCUCCUACACCAUAUUUUAAGUGGAAAGGAGUUUGGUGUUGAAAGAAGCGUGCGGCCUAUCCAUUCCUCCACAUCCAGCCCUGCCAUCUCCAUCCAUGAGGUGGGACAUACUGGAGUCACCAAAACCGAGAGGAGUGGCAUCAACAGGCUGAGGAGUGAGAUGAAACAGAUGACUAGGCGAUUUAGUGCUGAUGAACAGCUCUUUUCUGUGAGCCAGGCCCCAUCCGGCAGCGCACACUCCUCCAAGUCUGUGAGGUCCAGCACCCCAUCCUCACCCACGGGCACGUCAUCGUCAGACUCAGGUGGGCAUCACAUCGGCUGGGGGGAGCAGCAGGGCCAGUGGCUGCGCAGGAGAAGGCUGGACGGGGCCAUCAACAGAGUCCCCGUGGGAUUUUACCAGAAGGUGUGGCAGAUCCUUCAGAAGUGUCACGGUCUGUCCAUCGACGGUUAUGUGCUCCCAUCCUCGACGACGCGAGAGAUGACCCCACAGGAGAUCAAGUUUGCUGUCCACGUUGAGUCGGUGCUGAACCGAGUGCCGCAGCCUGAGUACCGGCAGCUGCUGGUGGAGGCCAUCAUGGUGCUGACGCUGCUCUCGGACACGGAGAUGAACAGCAUUGGGGGCAUCAUCCAUGUGGACCAGAUCGUGCACACGGCCAACCAGCUGUUCCUGCAGGACCAGAUGUCGAUCGGUGCCACGGACACGCUGGAGAAGGACCAAGCCACGGGCAUUUGCCACUUCUUUUACGACAGUGCUCCCAGCGGGGCUUACGGGACAAUGACCUACCUAACGAAGGCGGUGGCUUCUCACCUGCAGGAAUUGCUGCCCAAUUCAGGCUGCCACAUGCAGUAGGGCCUCGGCGCUCUGAGCCCAAGAUCCCCUGUGCUGUCACAAAAGCAUUUCCCAUCAGCAGCCCUGGCAGGGAGGAGGUGGCAGUAACACACCUGAAAGCAGUAUACGUCCAAGCCGCAGAAUCCUGUGCCCGCCCCCGAGGAGCGCCCUGGGAUCAUCUUCUUACAUUCAUUUUGCUGGGAAGUUUGUCAUAGCAUCUGGUCUCCUGGAGUCUGAGGAGGUAUCGGAAGUUGGUCUCCUCUUGUGAGUGCAGAGUGAAGUGAGAAGGCAGCUUAAACUGGCUUUCGCAGAGUUGCCGAACAGGCUCAAUGAGCUGGUGAUACAUCUUCCAGAUGAAAAGAUCCUUCCAGCAGCUGCGGACCUUGGCCAGGGGCACAUCUUAACGGUACAGUCUGUCUGUGGGUCAAAAUGUGUAGCAAAUAGAACAACUCAUCGUGCAGAGGUGUGGCUGUCUCGUGCCUUGCUUUCCUCCUCGGCUUGUUGCUGUCUUACUGGCAGCUACCUUUGCGUGACGGUUCUCCUUCACCAACAUUUAGAAAAUUGCUCCCACUUGACUUUGGCUCAUGGUCUUCAAGGAUUUUAUCUUGGCCACCCGUGAGUUAGGGAUUUCUCCUGCCUUAUGAAAAUAUCCCACAUCAUCUUCCAGAAUCUUACCAAAAAGAAGCAAGGCAGAGGAGAAGCCAACCCUUCUUCUAGCUGGGCCAACUGUUGUUUUGGGGCUGGCAUGGGCAGGGAGUCCCUCUGGAAGGCCUGUGCCCCCGCCCCCGUCGUGGGGUGGCGGCCGGCAGGGAGCGGCACCCCCACCGUGUUCUGGGGGAGCCACGUGCUGAGUCUGCAGCACCAGACGCCACAGAAGUGCGUGCCGUGCUCCCUCUUCAAUGCUUCCCUCUGCGGCAGGGCCAGGCUGGGGCCUCAAGCCCUUCUCACAGCAGCACUUUUGCCUUAAGGCUCUCAGGUGGGGUGUAGCUGGAGGCCUUGCUUGCAGAGGCGUGAGGACAAAUCCUGAUGGGGCAGGGCCUCGCCAGUCUUUCCUUGCCAAGGUCCUGAGGGAUGGAGUUUCUCUCCAGGUGUCUUACGGGGAUGGGGGGUGGGCAUGACACACAACAGGGAAAACCGUUUCUGUGGAUAAUGGACUCUGAAGGACAGUCACCUGGUGGCCUCGUGGUGCGCUCUGGCUGGUUGAGGGUGACGGCUUAGAUUGGUGAUGACUCUGCCUCUGAAAUGGAAACUUGGCCAUUGGAUCUUUGCGUGGAAGUUUGCGUGAAGGUGGAGAAAGCCGAUGCUCAGGCUGCUUUGAGAGGACAGCAAGGUGCCCAGUGCCCCCCAGAGUCAGGAUGCGGCACUGACCAGCAUUCUUGAAGCAGAGGAAAGGCAGGGAGGGUUCCUGCUAAAGAGCCUCACUUCAGUCCAAGCCAAACACUUUGUAGUUGCCCCUGGGGGAGAGAGUCUGGAACACGAGUCUUGGCUCACUUACCCGCUCGGUGGUGCACAGGCGCUGUCUACACGGGACAUCAGUGCCUUGGCUUCAUAUUUGUUUGAAACCAUAAUAUUUUCCUUGCUGAGGUACAGAGUAGUUACAUAAAGAAAAGUGCCCAGGGGCUUCCCUGGUGGCGCAGUGGUUGAGAGUCCGCCUGCCGAUGCAGGGGACACGGGUUUGUGCCCCGGUCCGGGAAGAUCCCACGUGCCGCGGAGCGGCUGGGCCCGUGAGCCAUGGCCGCUGAGCCUGCGGGUCCGGAGCCGGUGCUCCGCAACGGGAGAGGCCACAGCAGUGAGAGGCCUGUGUACCGCUAAAGAAAAAAAAAAGAACAGUGCCCAAAAUCUCUCUCAAUUUCUGCUCCAGUGGACUCCCACAUCCCCUCCCCUUCCUAUUACUGUCGGUAUGUCAAACCUUUCUCCUCAGAUUACUAGAUGGUUCCUUCUGUCAUUCAUCGGCACGUGUGAGAUGCUCUGUCUGUGACUCGGUGCUCAAGGCCCUCAGCCUGCGCAGGAAAGCCAGUGUGAACAGAUGACCAGGCUUUAGCGUGGUGGGGGGGGGGGUGUGAGGGAGCUGGACGAGGGCUGGGCUGGGAAGGUAGGGACGGCCCAGAGCCCUGCCAUCAGCAUGGCAGAUCCCGGAGACAGUGUGGGUGGCCUGGCGCCGUGCCCCGAGCCCCCCGCAGUGCCCGGAGCCUUCCUGUUUGUGCCCCGUCUUCCCUUGGAAGCCAGUUUGCUCUCAUUUGCCUCGGCGGGUCCAGGGGGGUCACAGCCACCCACGUUUCAUAGUCGCGUUUUCAUGGCCUUUAUUUCUGGUGUCUUUAAGACAUGCUUGACGUAAACAAGACUCAUGUCAUUCACCAGAUAGACUCCCUGGUGGAUCAUUUCAAACACAGAUAAUGUAAGAAAGGUACAAGCCGCUAAAGGCCCGGUUGCUUCUUGGGCAAAGGCUCGAGAAGAGUUACAGCCCUCCAGAAUGAGCCAGGUGCUAAUUUAGAACGAUCACCUGCCUGUGGAUGACGCGCAAAGUCGCAGAUGCUGUGUUUGGGCUCACCAACCGAGACGCGGGUGGCCAGGAGAAGAGCCAUAAUAAGCAAUUCAACUGAGCCUUCGAUUCACUCUUUUGAAACCUCUUUGAAAUGAAAUCCUGAAAUAGUACCACAUUUCCACAGGCACCAAGCUGUCAGCUUCAAAGAAGAACAGGCUUCUGAGGCUUGAUCCCUUUCACGAGCAGCUGAGGCCCACACCACCAAGAAGAGGAACAGAUGUUCGAGGGGGAUGGGAGAGGCGUGUCCUGCCACCAUCCUGGCCUCUGCGGAUGGGCCCAGGUUUCCAUACCAGGAGCCCCUGGCACCUUGGGGCUGGGCAGCAACGAAGACCCCACAGAGCCAAAAAUAAUAAAUAAAUACAUGCAUACAUUUUAUAGGAAAAAAGAAGAACCUGAAUGUUAUAGAAAGCAGUUCUGGAUUUUGCAGGGCCUUGGGGUUAAAAUACUGAUGAUGAUUGUAUGGCAGAUGUGCAGAAAUAAGAGAGCUCUGUUUAAGAGGGUGCCGGGCCACAGAGCAUUUUCAUUUCAUUUCUUGGUAAACCCUUUUCUGCAGCUAAGGAGUAACAAAACUAAUCAACUUGAAUUCCAGUCACAGGAAGCCAGAUAUGCCCAGUAGCAACCCAGGCUGGGCUGGGGGAGCCAGGAGGCUGUCCGGUCAAGCCAGCAUCUCCCCAGUGGACAUCAGUCCGGAGGUCAGAGCCUCUGCAACUCCCCUGAGGUGCGGCGAAUAAAAGGAGAGAUCGUUACGCAAUAGCUGCCUGGAUAGAGAGGAUAUAAAUGCUCCUUAUGUAAAAAAAGAAAGAAAAAAGACCAGAAGAUCAGGAGGCAAGAGAAACAAGUUCGUCAGUUGAUGGAUGCCAUUUAUUUCUGGACAAGAAGACAGGUGGCUCGGCCUCCCUUGAUGUAAAUUACAGCAGAGCAUCUCUCAGUUCUGUUGACUUGCGCUGGAGUCUGGCAAAUCGCUUUUGUCUUCCCUGCUUCCUUGUCAAAAGGUACAAAAGCCUCCCACCCCCUCCCUUGGCGCCAUCAUCUUUCAAGGUGACUCUUAUGCUUUUGAAGUCCCUGCCAUCUGUUCUGUACAGCUCUGCACUUCGCAUGUUCCCAGAAUGCCUUCUGUUCUCCCGGACUUGGCCACUGAUAACUCUGCUUGUGAGGGGAAGGUAAAGACACACUGCCACCUUCUUAGAGCCCAGUGUGCCCUUGUUCCCUCAAAGCCAUUUAGGAGAAGCCGUAUCCUUAAGUUACCAAGAGAACUCUCUGAGGAACAAGACCCCUGAAACCGCAAGAGAGACUAAUUCUCAAACCCAAUGCACACAGUGUUUGAUAGUUUGGGAGAGGGAAAAAUUCCAUCAGAAAACAACUGUGUAUGUUUUUAAGGAACAUAUGUGCAAUUUUGGCAAAAAUGCCUUCUUAGAAGGACUGGCAUCAUCGUAACCAUUGAACUCUGAAGUCACGUGAUUCCUCCCUCUGUCUUGUUGCAGUAUGUCAGCUAUUCUGAAAAAUGAAUUGCUCAAGAAGGCACUUACUGGGGGCCUAUUACAGUAUUACCCAGGCGUCACUCUGCCCACAGAAUACGGACCAGCGUGGCGGGAUGAAGAAACGCCUGUCGUUUGAGAACACCUCUAAGGAGGCACGUUGUCCAGCGUCCCAUGGAAGCAUUCCUAGCACCGCUCCACCAGGACAGCCAUGCGUCGGCCCUCAAUCCUGAGUGUUUCUGACAUGUCUCAGCGGGGUGGCCGCCAGAUGCCUCCAGCUGGUGGGCUAAGGGUGUGGCCCCGAGCUACUUCUGAAAUGGGCACGGGGCAAUGGUUACGCCUUCCAGUUUUCCUUUUUGAAAGACCUUUCCAGAUACAAGCCCAGGAUAGACUUGCCAAGGAGAAUUCAUAGUCACUGGCUCUAUUCUCUCACGGCCUCUGUGUCACCUUUCACCGCUGUGUUAGUUGCAAAUUACAGACAGCAACUCUAGCUGGGUAGGAAACACGUUUCUUAAAGGAUAUUGGAUAAGUCACAUGAUCACUAGACUUGGCGACUCCCCAGCCAAGAACAAGGCCCCAGGUCACCGGGCUCACGCCCUGGAGCUUACACCACAGAUGCCCCCAACGCUGACCAAUGUCACGAGGACCACCGCCUCCUCUCUUUCAGAAACUAUUUUAAAUGUAGAGGCUGCCACCUGUCAACAGAGUAGGUUUCAUACAGUCACUAGCCGUCAAGUCAGACUCCGGCAGGUGUGUUCCAUCAGCUGGGGCGGGGCUGUCAGCUGAGAGGGAAGUUGGAAAAGCCAGCAUCUGAGACUUCCUCCUCCUCGAGUGGCAGCGGGGCCGGCUUCAUAACAUGGGGGACCACCCCCCCAGACCCAGGAAGGGUGUUCCGAUGCUGAGCAUCUAAAACUAAGCGUCCACCACAGCCAGGACCCUUGGCUUGUAUUCCUCUGUCCAGAGACGCAGGACAUGUGCUCUCCUGGGGUCUGCCCUUUGGCGAGGCUUGGUCAGUGGGAGUGAAGAGGGUGUGCACAGCAGGCGGCCAGUGCCCCCUCUGGGCUCAAGCUGGACCAAUCACAGCUUCUCUCUGCCUGUAGAAAUGUUUCUAAGUCAUAGGGGCUGGGUCGCUGCUGCUACCCGGACUGCACAGCAGACCACCUCCUGCCACUCAGCUUCCAAGGAGCUGUUGCAAAGCUACCGGCAUACCAGCCCAGCCCUGGUAGCCUUUUCCUGGACCCUCUGAGUGACAGCCCAUCUGGGACAAGACGCAAAUGAUUGUCUCAUCUUUCCUUCUAAGUCUUUAGCCAGCUGGGGGAUUUAAAAAUAAAGAGUUGGAACUGA